AUGGCAAACAAAAAAACACUAUGUUUUACAUGCAAUAAAGAAAAAACAACACAUUCUUGUAAAGGAUGUUUAAAAUAUUUUUGUUUAUUGGAUUUAGUACAACAUCGUCAAAAAUUAAAUGAAGAACUAUGCUAUGUUAUUAAUGAUUAUGAUCAAUUUAAACAAAGAAUAGAUGAACGAAAACAAGAUCCACAAAAACAUUCAUUAAUAAAACAAAUUAACCUAUGGGAAAUAAAAUCAAUUGAAAUAAUUCAACAAAAAGCACAGGAAUACAGAGAAAUUCUCAUGAAAUCAUCAGAAACAUGUAUUAAUCAAAUUGAAAUGAAACUUAAUAAUUUAAAUGAACAAAUAAAACAAUUUCAAAAAGAAAAGGAAUUUAAUGAAAUUAAUAUAAAUCAUCUAAGUAAUCAAUUAAUAGAAAUUACAAAAGAAUUUAAUGACCCAUCAAGUGUGUCUAUUCAGCAAAAUUCACGAUCAUUAAUUAAUGAAAUUUCAAUUAUUUUAUCAAAAAAACCGAAAUUCAACAAAUGGAAACAAAAUGCUAUCACUGUGGCUGGUGGAAAUGGACUUGGACAAGAAUUCAGUCAACUCAAUUAUCCUAAAGGAAUCUUUAUUGAUGAAAUGAAAAAUAUUUUCAUAGUUGAUUAUUUCAAUCAUCGUAUUGUUGAAUGGGAAUAUAAUGCAAGACAAGGACAAAUCAUUGCCGGUGAAAAUGGGCAAGGAAAUCGAAUCGAUCAAUUGAAUUAUCCAACAGAUGUGAUUGUUGACCAACAAACUCAUUCGAUCAUCAUUGCUGAUCAAGGAAAUGGACGAGUAAUUCAAUGGUUGAAUCAAAAGCAAAAAGUUCUCAUUGAGAAUAUUGACUGUUUUGGUUUGGCAAUAGAUAAAUAUGGAUUCCUUUAUGCUUCUAAUGGUGUGAAGAAUGAAGUGAGACGAUGGAAAAUGGGAGAAUACAGCAAAGAAAUUGUAGUGGCAGGUGGGAAUGGAAAAGGAAAUAGACUCAAUCAACUCAAUCAUCCUACUUAUAUCUUUGUUGAUGAAGAUCAGUGUGUUUAUGUAUCAGAUCAAAAUAAUCAUCGUGUGAUAAAAUGGGGAAAAGAUGCAAAAGAAGGAAGAAUUGUAGCUGGAGGAAAUGGUCAAGGAAAAAAUCUCAAUCAGUUGUCUUUACCUCACGGAGUAAUUGUUGAUGAUUUAGGUCAAAUCUAUGUGACAGAUUCUCAUAAUCAUCGAAUAAUGCGUUGGUGUGAGGGGAAAGAAGAAGGUGAAAUUGUUGUUGGUGGAAAUGGUAAAGGAAAUCAAUCAAAUCAAUUGAAUCUUCCCAGUGGGUUAUCAUUUGAUGAUGAAGGAAAUCUUUAUGUUCCUGAUUAUUUGAAUCAUCGAAUUCAAAAAUUUGAAGUAAUUCCGUGA